GAGAGAAAUUUAGAUUCAUGUUCGCCGUCUGCAUAUAAAAGAGAAAAGUUAGAGAGAGAGAGAGAGAGAGAGACUGUUUAUGUCUGCGUGCAUUUGAGCGAGGGAAGUAGAAGAAGAAGAAGAAACAAGCAUUUCUGCUGCUGAAACUAGCGUUUCAAUCGAUACCCACAAGCAAAAGUACUAAAUUUUUCAUUCAAAGAUUGAAAGAUUGUAGCUUCUCAUUACCCUUUGGCUGUAGCUACGGCGUUAGGAUACAAAAAUUUGGUGCGAUAUGGGCGAUCUAAGAGAGCCGGGGAGCGCCGAUUCUGUUAAUGAAAGUUCUGCGUCGACAUCAGCUUCUCAAUCCAAUCCCACCCUUUCAUCUAUCGGGGAAGAGAAAUGGGUUCAAGCAGAGCUAUCUGCUUUACAAAUUAUGUCUCUGGUUCAGCCCACUUUUUCGUCAGAGGAAAAGAGAAAGAGUAUAAUCAAUUACAUUCAUAAGUUGAUUACAGGGACUCAUAGCUGCAAGGUGUUUCCUUUUGGAUCUGUACCUCUUAAGACAUAUCUGCCGGAUGGUGAUAUUGAUCUGUCAGCUUUCUGUGGCACAAGCAGCGAUGAUAUCUUGGUGUCUAACAUGGUUGCUGUACUGGAGCGAGAAGCUCAAAGUGAUGCUGCAGAAUUUUGUGUGAAAGAUGUCCAGUUGAUUCCAGCUGAGGUUAAGCUGGUAAAAUGUAUUAUUCAAAAUAUUGUAGUGGACAUCUCAUUCAACCAGCUAGGAGGGCUUUACACACUAUGUUUCUUGGAGCAGAUAGAUCGCUUUAUUGGAAAAGACCAUCUGUUUAAACGAAGCAUUAUAUUGAUUAAAGCAUGGUGCUUCCAUGAAAGUCGUGUUCUAGGGGCACAUCAUGGACUUAUAUCAACAUAUGCCUUGGAGACCCUGGUUCUCUAUAUAUUCCAUCACUUCCAUUCCACACUGGAUGGACCUCUGUCUGUCCUAUACAAAUUUCUGGACUAUUUCUCCAAAUUCGACUGGGAGCAUUACUGCGUUAGUUUAUUUGGCCCUGCCCGCUUGUCGUCGUUUCCCCAAAUCAUUGCUGAGAAACCCGAGAAUGGCGUAGAUGAAGUACUAUUAAGUGAUGAUAUUGUCAAGCAAAUCUUUGGCACAUCAAUUAUUCCUUUAGGGAACCAAAAUGCACGUAUGUUUCCCAGGAAGCAUAUGAACAUAGUGGAUCCGUUAAAGGAAAAUAAUAACCUUGGCCGAAGCAUUAGCAAAGGGAAUUUCUUCAGAAUCCAAUGUGCCUUCACACAUGGGGCCAAAACACUUGGUCGCAUUCUUUCUGGCCAACAGGCCAACAUAGCCGAAGAAAUGAGCAAUUUCUUCUCAACUACUUUGGGAAGGCAUGGGACCGGAUUGAGACUGGAUGCUCAAGAUUCGGCGAGCAUAUCAGAUUUUAUUACAGAUGGUGAUGAUGAAGUGAGGAACAACUCACUUGGGUUUUCAAAUCUUAGUGGGGACAUCGAAAGCCAGUUCAAAAGUUUGAACUUUGCUCGCUGGUGCUGCGAGUCAGCCCAAACUGGUCCGGUUAUGCUUGUGCCUAUAUCUCGGUUACAUAGCCGGGGUGGGCCACGUGAUGUUGUUACUCACAUCCCUUUUCGACCAGAGUUCUACGAGAUGAGUCAAAAUAUGGCUGUUCCAAGAAAUGCCCUCUACCGAGCCAAUCCUAUGCUAGUACCACCAGGCACAACCUUCCUCGUGGAGGAGAUGAUGCCAAAGUCACGAGGAACUGGAACAUAUUUUCCAAAUGUGAACGGACCUCCAUAUAUCCCUGGAAAUGGAAGACAUCCUCAAGGACAUGCAAGGUUUGCUCAGAAUGUUCAUGUAGAGCCAAAUUUUCACGAGAGGGGUAACUUUGCAGUGCAUAGUUCUAGCCGCUAUGGACACACCAUAUCUGAUGCACAAGUUUAUCCUCACAUGAACGCUGUAUAUCCACAAGGUCCAGUUGGGUUUGUUCAACAGGGAAUAUGGCAGCCAAGACCACAGAUUGCACAUGCUGGACCCCAAUCAUCCCCUAGAGGCCAAGAUUCGCCUCAGUUGAGGCCGGUUAUUAGGAGGCAGGAUAGGCUCGCAGAGUCAUCGUCAUCGUCAUCAUACCGUCUGAAGAAUGACGAUGACUUCCCACCCUUGUCCAUGUGAGUGAAGAAAAAGGAGGGAAUAGUAUUUUUCUGUGUACUAUUAUACUUGGGGACAGGAAAGUUGUGUCCAUUUAUUUCAAUAGUAGCAUUGUCUUCUUAUACAACUGUUAAUGUAUAGGAUGUUUACAUUAAAUUAUAGGGUUUUGUUGAAUGUUUAUUGAAUUUUAUCAUUUAAUCUAUAGAAAAAUUUUGAGAAUA